CGUGUUUGGGGCGUGGCUUGAUAAGGGGGCGUGGGGUUUAGGCGGAGUCCUGUUACUGUCAGUGAGUGUGAGAUGUCCAUGUCCUACACGGGGUUCGGUAUUUGCAGCUGGCGACAAGUUGGGUGAAGCAGCUUGGUGUUUUCGCGCAAAAGCCUGUGUGCUAGCAAGUGCGGCUUACACUUCUGGUAAUAUUUAAAGCAACGAAUACAACGUAGCAAUGAUGUUCAGGGUCUGCAACAUACAAUAUGCAAAUGUUAAAUAAAGGGAGUACGCAAAACCUUAAAUCAAUGGAAUACAACAAUCUUGAAUGAAAGGGAUAAAUAAACCUUGAACUGAGUAUGCCUCUAAAUGGAUUUAAAGCAGGUUGACCGAGCAAAAACUCACUGUUUUGAAAAAUGUAAUUAGGUCUCCAAUAGAAAUGGAUUCUGACUUCUGAUGCUUAUUAUUAUUACUUUUUUUUUUUGCAAACUGUACCUGUAAAUAGACAAUAACUUUAGAGGAUGCAUUUCUCAAAAUGGAAUUUUUUAAUGACAUUUUUUGGGAUUUGUACUCUCGUUUCUGACUUUGGAGUUGACCUUUGGAUUGCAGUGAAAUAUUUUCAGCAAGGACUUCAUGUUUUCAGUUUGUUAACAAUUGUUUUUAUCAUCAUUUCCAACGCUAUAGUUAAUAUUUUUAGUUAUGCCUGGUUUAAGGAUGACUGUGCUGAAGGAAACACCAGGAAACUGAGAUGGGUUUGUCUUAUCCAUGUGUUAAUGGCCGGUACCUUUCUAAGGUACUGGUAUGCUGUAAAGUGUGGAUAUCGAGCAGCAAUGUUGCCCCAAUCCGAAGGGGAAUUUAUGAAAACCAAUAAGAAAGCAGUGGAUGCAAUGACAGACCUCAGUAUGCUGAGAUGCUUUAAGACAUUCCUAGAGAGCAUACCUCAGCUUAUACUUCAGAUUUACAUCCUGAUGGAGCAUGGGCAGAUUACUCUACUUCAAUAUGCAACCAUUAUCAUUUCAGUAUCCAGCAUCUCAUGGUCCACGGUUGACUACCACAUGUCAUUAAGAAGCUCUCUUGAAGAUAAAAAAGAAAUCCGUUUUGGAUUUGCUGCUUUCACAUAUGUGCUGUACAAACUACUCACGCUAACAUCAUGGAUAUUAAGCCUUGUCUUUCUACUGGCCUGCAAUGUGAAUAUCUUCGCAGCAUUUCUUGGCAUUCUGUGGGUCGUGGGCCUGUGCUGGGCUUGGAAACAGAACACAGAAUUUUGCACCAACAUGUGCAUGGAAAUCUUUUACAGAAUUGUUGUAGCAAUUAUUCUUGUUUUCACCUUUUUCAAUGUUAAAGGACAAAAGACUAGAAUCCCAAUGUCCGUUUAUUAUACUUUCCGAGUUUUGGCAACCACAAGCAUUCUCAUUUUGUGCUUUCUCUUUAAAGAGUCUCUCACUCAGAACUUGUUCUUUACUAUAUUCAGCAUUGCUUUGGUUCUGGCACUGGGUCUGGGCAUAAUAUCUCUCAUCCUUUAUUAUUGCCUUUUCCAUCCAGCCCUUCAUUCCAAAUACCAGAAUAAUGAUGCAGUUGAUGGCCAGGUAGAAAGAAUCAGAAGUCAUUAUUUUAUUAACCAGUAAUGAUUUUGCAUUUAUUUAUUUUGAAGAAUGUCAUAUUUGUUUACAGGCAUAGUUUCUGUAUACAGCUGACUGUAUACAGUGUGUAACUAUUAUGUGACAUUUGGCACUUAAAAUGUGUACAGGUGGGUUUGUGCAAUGAACAUAUUUGUUUAUAAAGAAAUAAUGUGGACUAUCCUAUCCAGCAUCCCUACUCACCCUCUAGUCUGGCUGCCCUUGAGUGUGACCAUAUAUAUCCUGAGGCUUGCGGGACAGAAUGGGCUGCAUUCACUUAUUAGGAUUAUCGGCAGGGAAAUAUAAAGACUGAUACUGUAGAUAGGUGCAUUGCCUCAUUGCAGGCCAUCCUUGGCUACAGCUGAAAGAGGCCAAAGCUGUAGAUGAAAUGCUACAUAACUAAAUAUAAACACACAGAUGAGGCAGGAUUGACCAUUUACAAAAAACCCACUAGAGAAGAAAGCCUUCGCACCUGGCAAACCCCUUUGAAACGGGACUCUAUAUAAGUUGAUCUAAACCUGUGGAUAUUCAAAUUCAGAUAUUGCCAAGCUUUGGGAUUCAGGCCUCCUUUUGUGGUUGUCUCUUGAAAAAGGGGAAAAGAAGCACACCAUACUUCGACUCCUACCUUUAAAGCAUUUUAUCGCAGCAGAGAUGAGGCACAAGCUUUCGGGGACCACCCCUGAGGAAGCACCCUAUAAUUAUCAAGUAAGUGGUGUGCCGAAGACAAACUGUUUUUGGACUCCUUUUGUGGUUGUGUCAGAAAACCCCUUAUGUCAUUACUUUAAAUAUAAGCUUUUUAAUACAGUCACUUUGUAAGAUUGCUUUUCAAAGUCAGCAGCAGCCAAAUCAAACAAGUGUUAACAGAAGAGAAUAUAAAAUCGGUCACAUACUGGUAUAUCUCAGUGCGUGGAAGGAAGAGUGUUGGUGCUCCAGCCUUAUGCCCCCUUAAGAUGACGUAUGGUGAUAACACACAGACAUCCAAAACCCAUGAACCAUUUGGGAUCUCAUCAAAAGAGAAAUGCCCCUACAAAGCUUUGUUACUCUCUCUUAUAUUUUAUCUAUACAUUUGUCUUCCCUUUUUUCCUUGUGUCGGUGUCAAUAUAGAUGUGAGUGAGUUUGCUUAGGGUUUUGAAUAAGGAUUAUAUUUUUGAAAAUAAUGUUAUACUUCAAGAAUGAAGCUGCAAAGCUCACUUUCAUUGUUGUGACUUUGUUUUUACAUUAAAUAUUGAGUAAAUAUAAAUUAUGCUUUU